UUGUGCAGCACAUCAAGCGUCACAAUAUUGUUCUUAAAAGAGAACUGGGAGAAGGAGCCUUUGGGAAAGUCUUUUUGGCAGAAUGCUAUAACCUCUCUCCUGAGCAGGACAAGAUCCUGGUGGCAGUGAAGACACUGAAGGAUGCCAGUGACAACGCUCGCAAGGACUUCCACCGCGAGGCAGAGCUGCUGACCAACCUGCAACACGAGCACAUCGUCAAGUUCUACGGUGUCUGUGUUGAGGGUGAUCCGCUCAUCAUGGUCUUUGAAUAUAUGAAGCACGGGGAUCUUAACAAAUUCCUCAGGUCACAUGGACCAGAUGCAGUACUGAUGGCAGAAGCCAACCGUCCUGCUGAGCUGACCCAAUCCCAGAUGCUUUACAUUGCCCAGCAGAUUGCAUCUGGUAUGGUUUACCUGGCGUCACAGCACUUCGUGCAUCGGGAUCUUGCUACCCGGAAUUGCCUGGUUGGUGAGAACCUACUGGUGAAGAUUGGGGAUUUUGGGAUGUCUAGAGAUGUGUACAGCACGGACUACUAUAGGGUUGGGGGUCACACCAUGCUACCCAUUCGUUGGAUGCCUCCAGAGAGUAUCAUGUACAGGAAGUUCACCACAGAAAGCGAUGUCUGGAGCCUGGGGGUUGUAUUAUGGGAAAUCUUUACCUAUGGCAAACAGCCAUGGUAUCAGCUCUCAAACAACGAGGUGAUUGAGUGCAUCACUCAGGGCCGAGUCCUGCAGCGACCUCGCACAUGCCCCAAGGAAGUGUAUGACUUGAUGCUGGGCUGUUGGCAACGGGAGCCUCACAUGAGGCUCAACAUCAAAGAUAUCUAUUCCCUCCUCCAGAACUUGGCCAAGGCAUCUCCAGUCUACUUGGAUAUUUUAGGCUAAAGUCUCCUAGCAUUUCUUCUUAUGGGCUGUGGGAAUGAAUGUGUUCAACUGCCGCUGAACUCCAUUAAAACGUAUUCUUAACUUUGACAGUAUUAAUGACAGAGUUGCGGAGAAGCUUUCAAAGGGCAAGCAACGUGCACUUCUCCAUCUGUAGACACAGUAUUGACUUUUUAGACAUUACUGAGACGUAUCUUCUCUCUCUCUCUUUCAGUUUCUAUCAUUUUUUUCUUCUCUCCUGUCUUUCUAAUCAAUUUGGCUUCUGCAUCAUUGUAACUCUGCAUAGACAAAGGCCUUAAAAAUCUGAUGUGUUAUAUCAGCAGACUCUUCAGUUUGCCCACUACAACUAACAAUGCCUUGUUGUAUUCAUGCCUUUGAUGUGGAUGAAAAAAA